GCCCUAUGGGGCGGCACCGGGCGGCGGUCACGUAGCUCAGGUUCCCGGGCUGCAGCGGUGCGCGUGUCUGUCGGUUCCUGUGCACAGGUGCCCGCCGUUCUUCCGCCAGCAUGCCGAUGUUCGUGGUGAACACCAACGUCCCCCGCGCUUCCGUGCCGGACGGGCUCCUUUCCGAGCUCACUCAGCAGUUGGCGCAGGCCACCGGCAAGCCGGCCCAGUACAUCGCGGUGCACGUGGUCCCUGACCAGCUCAUGGCCUUCGGCGGCUCCAGCGAGCCGUGCGCGCUCUGCAGCCUGCACAGCAUCGGCAAGAUCGGCGGCGCGCAGAACCGCUCUUACAGCAAGCUGCUGUGUGGCCUGCUGUCUGAGCGCCUGCGCAUCAGCCCAGAUAGGGUCUACAUCAACUACUACGACAUGAACGCGGCCAACGUGGGCUGGAACAGCUCCACCUUCGCUUGAGGGCCGCGCUGGCCCAUCCUGCCUGCACCAGGCCCUGCCGCCCGCAGUAUUGUGCCCGCUUCGCCCCCAGCGACCCCCACUUCCAGGUCGGGAGAAAUAAACGGUUUGGAGGCUA